AUGCCAGCUGAGGAGGAAUCAAGCCAACUUCUUGGCAAGAAGACUGAUGAGCGUGUAUCCUAUAAUACUAUCAGCGCAAGUUCCAGUAGUGCGAAUUUGAGUGGUGGCGAGUCUUCUUCAAGUUCGACUGUCAAUGAGAAUGUAGAUACUGGAAAGCCUCCAAUUUCUGGACUACGAUUUGUAGUGGUGUGCUUAUCGCUUUACUUUGGAGUGUUUGUAGCAGCUUUAGAUGGUACUGUGGUUACCUCGCUGUUGAGUCACAUCGCAUCCGACUUGAAUGAAUUGCCGAGAAUUUCCUGGAUUGCUACGGGAUACCUUGUAGCUUGUGCUGCUUUCCAACCUCUUUAUGGCAAACUGUCCGAUAUCUUUGGAAGAAAAGAUGUUCUCAUGUUCUGUAACAUUGCAUUUGGCGCUGGCUGCCUGAUGUGUGGAUACUCCAAUUCUUUUGUUUCUCUUGUAUUGGGCAGAAUCAUCUCUGGUGUAGGCGGUGGUGGUAUGCUUUCGUUGUCUACAAUUGCUCUCAGUGACCUUGUAUCAUUAAGACAGAGAGGAGUUUAUCAGGGAUUUGGUAAUAUUGCUUUUGGCAUUGGAGCUGGAGUUGGCGGUAUUUUUGGUGGUAUCGUCACCUCCAGAUAUGGAUGGCGGAUGGCCUUCAACUCACAAGUGCCUGCCGUUCUGAUUUCCUCCUUGUUGGUGGCUGUAUUCACACCCCAGACAAGACCUACCACCAAUGAAUUGGUUCCUGUUCAAGAGGGAUCGGCUAUUGAAGAUGCCUAUGAAACUGAACAUCACAUAUCAGCCAAUACUGAAUCCCACAAUGUGAAGUAUGUUAAAAAGAACAACCUUUCCAGAGUGGAUUUUUCAGGUUCUUUUACUCUUGUGUCUAGUUUGAUCUUCCUGAUGCUUGCAAUUUCAACCGGCGGGAGACAGUUCCCUUGGACUCAUCCUUUCAUUGUCGGAUGUUUUGCAACCGCCUUUUUCUUUGUUGGACUAUUUGUUUAUAUUGAAUUGAAGGUUGCAAAGGAACCUGUCCUCCCCUUACAACUGUUUACCCAUCGAACAAUCGUGGCUUCUGCUACCACGAACAUGUUUAUGACCAUGAGUGUAUACGGAGUUCUGUUUUUCGUACCUGUAUGUCUUACAUCAGUAUAUGACAUGAACCCAACUCAAGUUGGUCAGCGACUUAUAUCUAAUUUUGUUGGUGUGGCCCUCGGUUCUUUUGGUGCUGGUCUCUAUAUGAAAUCCACUGGUAAAUAUUACACUCUUGGAAUAUUGGCUCCCCUUCUUUAUAUUGUUGGAAUCACAGUUAUCUGUUUACCCAGUUUCCUGUCUGUUACUUUAUGGCAACAUGUUUCUCUAUUUAUUAACGGUACUGGCUAUGCUGCUAUGUUAACGGUAACCCUCCUAGCAUUGAUUGCUGCAGUGCCACAUGAGUUUCAGGCCGUAACAACAUCAAUCCAGUAUGCCUUCCGAGGCAUAGGGUCUACUUUGGGUGUAUCUAUUGCUUCAUCCAUUUUCCAGAACACUCUCGCAUCACAAUUACGAACCAGUGUUACCGGACCUGAUGCUGAACAAGUUAUUCAGCGGGUCCUUGGAUCGGUUGAGGAAAUCCGAAAGAUUCCUAUUGAAUAUCAGCCGGCGGUCAUUGCCUCUUAUAACAGCGCAUGCAUAGCUGUCUUUGUCACGUCGCUGGUUUUAGCUGUCGUUGGCACCAUCACCUCUGCUCUCAUGGAAGAGCAUGAAUUGCAUAGUAACAUAAAUAGAGACGAAGAACCUCAAGUUGAGGUUUAA